UCCCAUUACAGGAUGGGAAAACUAUGCUUUGGGCAAAAGGAGCCAAAGGCUGGAGCCGAGAGCGUUGUUGGGAGAAGCCGGGAACGUCAGGACUUGGAGAAACAGUGGCAAUCGUGGCAAAAGCUUGUGGGCCCUCAGCAGCAUCCCUGCCUGCGUGGAAAAGGAGCUGUUGGUCACAGCCUGGCUUGCCCAUGGCGGGGCCCUGAGGCCUCGUACUACGUGAAUCUCCAGAGACCCUCUGGAAAAGAUUAGUCCUGGAAGGACAUUGACAAGCCGGACUGUGUCUAAAGGAAAGCAAACAAGAUGGUAGCUAUCAUGAUUUCCUGUGUAUUCUUAGCCUGGGCUAUCCCCUGUGCUGCCAACCAACUCCUCAGUGCCUUCGCCCAAGGGGAACUCCAGAAUGACCCCCCCAGGCUCAUCUGCAGCAUUCCAGGACCCCAAGGUCCCCCUGGCCUCCCAGGAGCCCCAGGACCUUCAGGAAUGGUGGGCAGGAUGGGCUUCCCAGGCAAAGAUGGUCAGGAUGGGAAGGAUGGAGAAAAAGGCGAAACUGGAGAAGAAGGUGCACGGGGCCGAAUAGGGAACCCGGGGAAACCAGGACCAAAGGGCAAAGCAGGGGCAAUCGGACGAGCUGGUCCCAGGGGUCCCAAAGGCGUCAGUGGAACCCCAGGGAAACACGGUGCAAAUGGGAAAAAGGGGCCCAAAGGGAAGAAGGGGGAGACCGGGAUGCCAGGGCCCUGCAUCUGCGGCGCUAACAGGGCCAGGUCUGCGUUCUCAGUGGCCGUCACCAAGAGCUACCCCAGGGAGAGGCUACCUAUCAAGUUUGACAAGAUCCUGAUGAACGAGGGUGGCCAUUACAACGUGUCCAGUGGCAAGUUUGUCUGCGGCUUUCCUGGUAUCUACUACUUCACCUACGACAUCACUCUGGCCAACAAGCACCUGGCCAUCGGGCUGGUGCACAAUGGACAGUACCGGAUCCGGACGUUUGACGCCAACACUGGGAACCAUGAUGUGGCGUCUGGCUCCACCAUCCUGGCCCUGAAACAGGGGGAUGAAGUAUGGCUACAGAUCUUCUAUUCAGAACAGAAUGGACUCUUCUAUGAUCCUUACUGGACAGACAGCCUAUUCACUGGCUUUCUCAUCUACGCUGACGAGGAUGGCCCCAAUGAGUUGUAGAAGGUGCUGAUGGGAAAGGGAAACUCCUUCCCAAAGGAAGGGAGCCCAGUGAGAGCCAAUCUCAGACUUUGCAAAGGCCAAGUUCUUGUUGAGUUAACUAAUCCCUUGUGAAUCUUUUCUUGCACAACAUUAAACUUGAGUAUUUGAAUAGUUCA